AAAGAUUGUUUAUCUGUGAAAAAAAGUAUGGCAACAGGGAUCAUAGCAGACAUACAAACGGGGAGGGGGGGGGGAGUGUUGCUAGAAUAUUAGUUAAAAACCAAGACGAAGAUGCUUCAGUGUUUGUUUUUAAACCCUUACCCCAAUCUGCCCCCUGCUUUUGCAGUCCCUGGUUGACAGUAUGUGUUUGUGAAAUAGUCUUAUUUGUCUUGUAUUAUUGAAAACAUAUUGAUGGUAUAAGAACCUAAUGUGCUUAUUCUCUUUUUCAUUUAAUGGGACUCUGCAUUAAAAAUACAAAUCAUUGAAAAAGUACAGUGAAACUGAAUUCAGUUGUAACAAAUGUAUUUUUAUUAUACAUAACUAUAUACAUACUGUGGUGUGUGAUGAUCACAUUGAGCAAAGGUAUAACUCAAGAGUUGCAACUUAGAGUCAUCCUGUUGAAUAAUCUAAGCAUGUAAUGCUACCCAUACAUAAGACCAACAUAAAUAUGAUAACAUCCUAUAAAAUUUAAACUAGACUUUUUCUCUAAAUGGAAGCUUUGAGAACAUUAAGAAUUGAUGCCUGAUUUGACCCAACUUGGAAGCCAUUCCAAAGUUUGGCUCUUCUUGAAGAAAAAGCAUUUGUGCCAAGCAGCAAAGUUGUUUGUUUUUAUGAUCAGUUUACUAAAUUACUGUAGAACCAGCUCAUGUAAGGAUUUGUUGUCUUUUAUCAAUCUACAGCAAUAAUAUAGGUUCCUAUCUAAACUUUAUUGCAGCAUUUUCAUAUAAGUAACACAGUAGGACAAUCAAAACAUUCAUUGUAAUUUCUAUGUAACACGAGUUUUACCAAUCCUAUGAUAUUUAGAUUCACCACCCAAGAAAAUGCAUAAUUAGUGAAAGUAUAACUGGAUUUUUGAAAAUAUACUUAGAGAAAAUGUGAGCAAGUUGCACAACAAAGGCAUGACUAAAAGCCUGCAACCAGAGACAAAUGUUAAAAGUGGGGCUGUGAAUCAACUCUGUCAUAAAGCUUCAAGGUAGCACAUGCUUAGAUAUAAACCAUAUGUAGCAAAAAGCUUUCACUCUUAGUUAACUGUCAUUGAUAUGACUUUUUGUCAAGUUAUGGGGAUUGGGAAGUCAGAAGUAUCUCACAAAUCUCCUCUGGAACAAUAAACUCUUGGCAAAUCUGUCCUUAGCCCCACCCAUCUGGUUGACAGAUUUUUAUCUUACAUCCCUCCCCCAAUGAAAUGCUCAUCUUUUUUAAAUCUUUCUCAAAAACCUUCAUGCAGUGUUACAAACUAAGGCAAAAUCAUCAAACAAAAUUUAGCUUAUCGGGAGUUAGAAGUGAGUCAACUUCUGAGCCCCUGUGUGCCUGCAUGAUAGAUGAUGCAUGAAGGUUUUGAGCUAGUCAUGGGGAAUUGAGAUAGUCAUGCCCCUACUGCCUCUGAGAUAGACCACGCGAUAGAAGAAGGGGACUACCCAGCGCGCUCCUUUCAACCAGCGAUCAUUAUGUUGAGUCACCGCUAGGCAUCCCGUUCCUUCUCUGAAACAAGAAAGAGCGAUUUCCCGGAAGCCAGGAAAUAAUUCGGCAAAAAGAUUAUACAUAUAAUGCAACGCCAGCAACGAAGACUAUCAGUUUAAAACCAUGAAAAAAGUUCUUAGGCACUGGCAGGUGCUGUUUUCUGCACUGAUAGCAAUUCUGUCUGGAGCUAUGGCUGCUAAAAAAGAUCAAAACCAGUCAAAUAUGUUACUGGAAGAUAUCAAGUCACAGCUCUCUGUUGACAAAGUCAUGAAACUGGGCAGUCAUUUUGAAAAUAUGGUCAGAGGUGAGCAUGGUGUGUCUUAUGUUCAAACAGAAGAUGAUGUCUACUACCCAAAACUGGUGGAGUUGUUUAUUUCAAAAGUAGUUGGCUCAGCUAGCACUAGCCACUUCAAAGUCACUGGCAGUGCAUCUCAGAUGCUUAAAUGUGUUUCAGAAAGCAACCAGGGAGAUGCAGACAUUUUGUUACUGUCUUCUUUCCCAAAGAUGACAAAAGAGUUCCAACAAGAUGCCUUGUUGCCAUGUGAAGAGCCUGGUUUUUACCGAAUCAAGCAACUUAAAAUGAGGAUGUAUCCUUUUGUGAAUAGAGAAGGUGCUAAGUACCUGAAUGCAGAUAGCCUUAGAAGUUUUGAAUCAAUUUGGUUUCAUAAAACUCUUCAACUACCUCUUUCUGUUGUGGAAUCAUUUGACCAUGAGUUUAAAAGGGCAGCUAGAGAUAAGGUAGCAAGUGUUUUGUCAUGGAAAUCUUCAACAGAUUUUAAGCUUGAUCCUUUGAAAGCUGACCUUAUCGACAAGGAUAUUCAAUACUUUUAUGUGCUAAGCAACAGCUACAAGAAACAUAUAAUACCUAUUUUGGAUGAGAGGUCAAAGAGGCAUGCAGAAAAAGUUAUUGAUGUCUUUAUGCAUAUUGCAAAGACAUCCUCUAAUUUUGGCACAUUAAGAGCAAAAAAUGGCUAUGAAACUCUUUUGCAGCUUGGCCCUGAAUUUGACAAUGGUUUAAUCCCUGCUGCUUUAGGAUAUUACCGCGAGAAUGAAAGAUUACCUAAAAUAUUUAAUGAUGCAAAAGAAGAAAACAUUUUCAUAGAAAUAUCUAAAUAUUUUCAGAUGAUUGUAUCAGAAGAUGUGAUAAGUGAAGAUGAUCACCUGUUUUCCAUGCAUCAAGAAAUGAAAGGGUCUUUUGACCUGGUUCCAGCUAUAUCAUGUGAAGGAUUUCCGUCAAUUGCUAACAAUUGGGCCCUCCGUGUUAAAGAACAAUCUUGGCCACCACAAGAAGUUACUUCCAAAAUUCUUAAAGCAGGAUUUCAUCUGGUUCCAAAGCCCUCAAAAAGUGAGAAUAGUGACCCAUCAACAAUGUUUCGCUUAUCUUUCAAUAUGGCUGAAACAUUGCUUGCAGAGACCUUGACCGUGUUUCAAAGAGAGUGCUACAGAGUUUACAAAAUGUAUUUCUACGAGAAACUUAGGCGUGAGCCAAAAAUUAUAACAACCUAUCACCUAAAGACAGUCUUUUAUUGGCUUUUAGAAGAAACAGAUGCAAACUUGUGGAAACCUGAAAAUAGGGCACAUUGCUGCUUGUUGCUGCUGCAGUCUCUAAAGGCUUCAUUGUCGAAGAUGGAACUGAAACAUUAUUUCAUACCUGAAAACAACUUGUUUAAGCAUUUGAAGAAGCAAGAUGUACAAGAGAUGUUGGAUGAGCUUGAAAAAAUUAUAGCAGACCCAAUAGCAGCAAGUGGCCAAACAAUUGAAGAUAUUAAAGAGUUCUAUGCUAAGAAGCAAGGCAUUGAGCAGGAAGAUGAAAAUGCAAACAAGCUUGACCAGUUUUCCACAAAAUCUGCAUUGCUCUUCAAGAAAGCACUUAAUGAGGUCACACAUCAAAAAGUGCAAGAUUCAUUACAAUGGACAGAUGAAUUCAUGAAACAUAUUUCAAGAUUCUUCAGUGAAAAAUCAAAGGAAAAUAUCAUAAGGUUCCUUUUUGACUUAACGUAUGCCAGAAACUGUAUGGCAAAGUACCACAAGAAUUAUUUAAGGUAUGCACCAUUGCCAUCACCUAUUGCCAUGUUUGUACAGGUGUUUCUUCCUGUACUGGAUGAAAUAACAAAGAAAGUAUUACUUCCUCAGGUGCCAAAAGAAUUUGAUUUUAAAAAGAAGUUUGUCAAAAUUGAGAAUGCUCUUCAGAUAGCUAGCUUCCUGAGCUAUGAGGACCUUUUGAACUUUGCUAUGCUAAGGAGCACCACAACUAUGGGCCUGGAUAAUACUGUUGACAUGAUAUCAAAUGCAAUGAAACAUUUGACAGGACUUCAUAUUGAACUUUAAUACAAAUCUACAAAUUGAUACUCAUAUUAUGUUUACACUAUAAAUUUCAGUAGUUUAACUUGUUUGUGAAUGCUGCCUCUAGUUUAAGCAAAGGGGUAGUCCUGCAAUAGCAUCGCCAUUUUGGUCAGGUAAAAUGUAAAAUAUUGUAUCAAAUUUGGUUUCCAGAUGAUGAUUAACUUUGAACUAUUAAAGACUUUUAUAAAGUUUAUUAACUUCUGCUUAAUUCCUGAAUUUCCCAGCGUCUUAGCAUGGGUUGGUCCUAUUAUAUACCACCUUCACAAAAGUUAUAUCACAGACAAUUGGCAAAUUUAAAUAUUUUUUGAUAUAAAUAAAAUGACUCAUAUUUGAUAGAUGAAACAAGCGACUGGCUUUAUCAGCAACUAUCCUUGCUGUCAAUAACUUCUUCUAUCUGGCAGGAAAGAACCUCACAUUGCCCUUAAUUUUAUUGUAGUGAACAGUAAGAUUUAAAAAAAUGCUUCUUUUGCAAACCAACAGUCUAUCUAGAAUUAACAUAAAAUCCAUGAAUUUUCUGUGGCCAGGUCAAAAACGUGGAAAACGCAGAACACGCGGAACACACAGAAAAGUGAAAUUUUGCUUUAAGCUUCUGGAAUGGAAAUACAUAAACAAAGCAACAUAGCUCUCUCAAGAAUUGAGAUAUAAGACCUUAUUUUUACGGGAAUGAGAAUCCUGCUUUUUUCGCAUUUUCGAUUUUGAACGAGGGUGAAAAUGCGGAAAACGCAGAAACCUUGAAUAACCAAUUAUAUUUGCUAAUUGAUGACAAGAGAGGUAUAUAAUGAGUUUAACACAGAGUUGGUGGCUGCAAGAGCGACUAACGCCAUUCAAACCUGUUUUAUGAAUACAACACAGUUUGUCCAAAACAUCUCUCUAACGUUGGCACAAAUCUUCCACCAUUUUCACCGGCUAGACCAGUAAGGUAAUGAUGAAAUGUCCCCGAUUUGUUUUCUUAUCAAGCACAGACAAGAUUUCGUAGGAAAACCCUUUGGGAAAUCCGCUAGGACUGAUUUCCGCCUUUUCUGUGGUUUCGAUUUUGAACGAAGGUGAAAAUUGAAAACGCGGAAACCUUUAAUAGCCAAUUAUAUUUGCUAAUUUGAUGACAAGAGAGGUAUAUUAUGAGUUAUUAAGCAUUUGAUAAAGUUUAACACAGAUUUUGUGGCUGCAAGAGCAACUAACACCAUUCAAACCUGUUUUAUGAAUACAACAAAGUUUGUCUUAAAGAUCUCUUACGUUGGCACAAAUCUUCCACCAUUUUCUUUAUCUUUAUCAUGUUAAAGUUGGCCUGCAGGUUGGAGGUUGAGAAUGGCUGUGCUAUAGCAAGCAAAAAAAUCGUAUAAACAAAGAACUGGUUUUUAAUUACUCUUCUCGCUCAAGACUGAUUGUUUGUUUGCACAGAUAUGAGAGAAACCAAUAACAAUAAAAUUUGAUGUCACUUAAAGUCUUUUCAUUACCUAAACAUUACCUAAUAUUAUAACUUUACAGUGAAAGGUCUUUUUAAAAACUCUUUCUAUGAUUUGCAAAAGUCAAGAAAAGCUUUUCAGAUUUACCAGGUAUUCAUAAAGUAUGUAUUACAGCUUAACCCAUCCCACCCAGUGUAUGCAUUUAAUUAUUGAAGCACUUUAAAAAAGAUAAAACAUAUAGAUGUGGUAGAAUAUCUCCAUCUCUCAUCAACAGCCAUACAAAUCGAGGAUCUGUAAAAAUUUCUCAAGUGCAUGUUGUAAAAAAUUAUGAUUUGGUUUCGACGGUUCUAAGUUGCCAUAUAAAAACUUAAAUAUGGACUGUAUAAAACUCUAUAUGGUACUGAGACCAUAUGAAUUAAAAUCAUCCUCUAAACCAUGAAAAUGAAUUGGAGCAAAAACCUUGUGAAGAUAUAAUGCCCAAGCCUUUCAUCAGAUAUUAACUGUAGAACAAUAAUGAUUGGUAACAUUAACUGCUAAUUUGGGGGAAAAUUUCAGAGAUUCUAUCCAAAACAAAACAGCUCAUUUAGCAAUUUCUAACUGUUUUUUAGAUCUAUCAGAUGUAUUAUAAUUUCAUAUGAUCAAUGAAACCACAAAUGUAUUGCAUGCUUUUGGAGUUAUCUAAUGUGUAUAUGCCUUCUUUAUUAAAUGUAUGAUAUUAAGUUUGUUUCACCA